UCAACGGGGGUGGGGUACGUAGCUGGAGAUUGAAUGUCUGAAGGGGUACGGGACUGUAAAAGGUUUGGGAACCACUGCUGUAGAGGAAUGCCUCAUACCGUACAUGUUCUCUACAUCAUGCUGUUUUGACUUUGGGAUACGUAAAGGAAUGCAGGUGUUGCUUUCAUACAGGAACAGAGUGAGGCACGUGGGUGAGGGCUUGUGGGUGAUGCCCUUGUUUUUACUAAUGACGUCUGUGAUGCUUUACACUUAUGUAGAAUGGAAACUGUCAGAGAACCUGAUGUUGUUUGUCACGUCAUUUUUAAUCCAAGUAGUUUGUGUGUGUAUAUUUUGUUUGUUUUGUGGCCUUGUCCCUUAUUUGUGUUUCCGUGUGCGGGCAGAUUGAGUUCCUGAACUCGGUGAUUGUGGACCUGCAGCUCAAGAACCAGGAGCUUAAGUCUCAAAUGGAGAUAAUGGCAGAGGCAGCGCUGAAUGGAAACAAUGCCAACGAGCUGGACAACUACGACAGUCUGGCUGAGGGGCCUGUGAAGAAGAAGCUCCCGCCGCGGCUCUUCUGCGACAUCUGCGACUGCUUCGACAUGCACGACACCGAAGACUGCCCCACGCAGGCGCAGAUGCCCGACUCGCCGCAGCACACCACCUACCACGGGACCCGCGAGGACGAGCGCCCCUACUGCGAUAUCUGCGAGGCGUUCGGCCACUGGACCGAGUCCUGCAACGAUGACCAGACCUUCUAGAAGCUUCUUUGCAGACUUUCUAGAGGCUUCUGUUUGCCUGCUGCUCCCUCUAUAUCUCUCUCAGCACAAAGCAGCCUGCAAUACCCACAAAAACAUGCCCCUCAUCACACCUCGCACAAGAGUGUUGUAUGUCUAUACUCUGUGUCUAUGAACACUGUGUGUCUGUGUGUACAUGUACAUGUACACAGUGAAUGAGUGUGUUGCAUAAGUCCACUCUUUCAUGCACACAAAGCCCCAAAGCGCUCUUACUGGGAGAUCUCUCAAGAAUUAAGGCAGUCAACUUAAUCUGGUCAUCCGUUGCACACAUUGCACAGACUGUUCUUACAAGGCGGAUGAAGGUGAAGGCAAAUGGUAUUCUAUAUCACCACAAAAAAAGCUUCCUUUUGGACUAGUACUUGAUAUAAAAGAAAAAGAAAAUGUACAAUUAUUUGAAUGGGUCUUGACUUUUUUUUCUUCUUUGAUACUCUUGUGUAUGGACUGGCACAGGGUGUGCGCUUGUGUGUGUGUGCGCAAGGGGAGAGGUGACCUCAACGGUUGUGGCUGAAUAUCGUAGAGGGUGGCUUGCUUUAGGGGAGUAUAGGGGGGGUCCAGUCUCCAUGGGCUUAACAGUAUCCUCAUACUGAAGGGGGCACAGCGAGGGAGAUGCCAUGUAUAUCCUAACGCACUGCACACUUUACCCCCCUCUUUGUGCCCUUGUGUGUAAAGUCCCUUUCUGAAAUUGCCUUUCUGAGAUCAAAGAAAUUAACAUGAUCAUUACUAUGAGGAUAAACUAUUUGAGAAAGGACUGCAUUUGUGCUGUCCCAUUUUAUGUAAGCUUUUCAUUGUCCCUUUUAAAUGUUGUACAUCUGUACAAAUCUAAUGAAAUAAAUACAUAUGUUUCAAUGAAGGUAUCUCCUGGAUUGUCUGUAAAGAUUUGAAAGACGUUUUGACAUGUGACUUUAUUUAUCACAUUUCUUUAGUGAGGAAAAGAGCUUUUGACACCACAACGUUUUUGCUGUUGAAUGUCUAUGUAUGGGAAGAAUGCCUGUGUAAAUAUUCCAACUUUUUGAAGCAUUUUUGGCACAGACAUUUUUAUCCUAAAUAAAUGCAGGUGGUGUUUGGUAAUUGUAUUUGUAUAUCUGUGUAUAAUUAUAAAAGAUAAAGUACUUUUUGAGGUA